AUGGGUUUUGAGGAGGCCAAGGAGCCGGUGCGAUGUUCGUCGUCGUUCAGCAUCAAAAGCCUCCUGCUGCCGUCCACGAAGUGCGAAGCCCGCGGCGACUCUUGCGCUUCCGGCACGCCGCUGCACGAGCCUCUUUCCCCGGGGUCGGACGCGGAGAGGUCGCCGCAGGGUCCGGCGGGGGCGGGGGGCUCGGAGCCGGACAAGGCGCUGCGGGAGGGCGGCGAGGCGACGGAGCAGGAGGGCGAGGGCGGCGGCGGGGGCGGCGGCGGCCCGUCGUCGGCGGCGAAGAACGGCAAGUACGACAAGCCGCCGUUCUCGUACAACGCGCUGAUCAUGAUGGCCAUCCGCCAGAGCCCCGAGAAGCGGCUGACGCUCAACGGCAUCUACGAGUUCAUCAUGAAGAACUUCCCCUUCUACCGCGAGCACAAGCAGGGCUGGCAGAACUCCAUCCGCCACAACCUGUCGCUCAACAAGUGCUUCGUCAAGGUGCCGCGCCACUACGACGACCCGGGCAAGGGCAACUACUGGAUGCUGGACCCCAGCAGCGACGACGUCUUCAUCGGCGGCACCACGGGCAAGCUGCGCCGGCGCUCGGCCACGUCGCGCGGCAAGCUGGCCAUCAAGCGCGGCCUGCGCUUCGCCCCGCUCGGCCUGGGCGGCGUCGGCGUCAACGAGCGGCCGUCCAACCCGCUCUACUGGCAGAUCUCGCCCUUCCUCUCCCUGCACCACCCGCACCCGCACCCGCACUCGCACCCGCACCCGCAUUACAACGGGGCCUCGUCCGCGGGCUUCCUCGGCCAGGCGGCCGGCUACGGCUCGCUGCUGCCGUGCGUCGAGCAGUUGGCCAACGGGGACCUGAGCCGCUCGGUGCUGCAGGGCGGCUUGACCAACUCAUACGGCGUCGGCCUGCUGUCGGCGCAGGCUCCGGCGGCGGCGGCGGCGGCCGGCUACUUCGUCUCAUCCGGGAGCCAACAGGGCCCGCCGCCGCACUUGCAGCAAGGCGCCGCCGGCUUCGGAGCGCUGGCGAGCGGCGGCGGCGGAGGCAGCCCCCCGCCCCCGCCCUCUCACCCGUUGCUGUCGGACUCGCUGAGGAGCAGCUCAGCGGCGGCGGCGGCCUUCUCGCAGUCCGGCGUGUCGGCGGCGGCGGCCUUCCCCGGCGUGCUGGGCCACCAGAAGAGGGUCGCCCCCAAGGCUUUCCUAAACUGAAAGGCAAAGCUCAUCCCUUCCUCACUCGUUUGUUCACCGCCUGCGGAGGGCGAAGCAGAGCGACACAAAAAAAAAAGAAGAGAUAAACCUAUAUUUCAAAGUAUAUGCGACAAGGAAGUUGGUUGUGCCCUCCAGUGAUUGAUCUGGAACUUUUUACUGCGGGGAAAAAAGGGACAAAGUUGCUUGCACAACAACAAACAACACUAAAGUAUAUUUAUAUCCACGUCUUUCUUAUUUAUGAGGACCUUUUGUAUUUAUUGUAAUUUAAAACGUCUCAAAUGUGCGUGUAAUAAUGAUGCGGACAAACAUUUAUUAUUUAUUCACAAGAUUUGCAGCAGACAAUUUUUGGGCAGGAAUUUUUUUUUUUUUUUCCCCAACACUAUUAUUCAUGAUCACACUCAGAAGUAAGCCUUAAAUGUGCGAAGACAAUCAGGGGUUGAAAGAGCGGAAUCAUCUUUCUUUUUGUUGAAAUCUCAGGUCAAUAUGCCUCAAAUAAUGCUAAUAAUAAUCAUAACAAUAAAUGUAAAUUUACAGAAUU